AUGCCCUACCGCAACCCCAUUAUACCCGGCUUCAACCCCGACCCCUCUAUCUGUCGGCGAGGCGCCGACUACUUCCUCGCUACGUCGACAUUCGAGUACUUCCCGGGCGUGGCCAUCUACCACAGUACCGACCUCAUCGACUGGAAGUUGAUCGGGCAUGCGCUGAACCGGCCCAGCCAAUUGAGCCUGCUGGUGAACAAGGCGGGCGUGGGGAUUAACGCUCCGACGCUGAGGUAUCACAAGGGGAGGUGGUAUAUGACUACUGCGAUCAAUUACAUGAGACUCAAGUCUAAUGAGAAUGAUGUCCCCGCUCAAGCGCGAGGGUUUUACGUCUCGACAGACGAUAUCUUUGACGAUACCAAGUGGACCGAGCCCAUCUACUUUGACGUGACCGGGAUCGACCAAGAUCUCUUCUUCGACGACGACGAUACGGUCUGGUACUCCUGGCGCAAGCCCGUCCCGGGCUACAUCGGCGAGCCCGGAUGGUACAAUUCCGGCGUCUACGUCGUUCAGGUCGACCUCACCACUGGCCGCGCUCUCGGACCCGCCAAGCUCAUGCGCCAAAACUUCGAGACUGGUAACCGAUGCUGCGAAGGCCCGCACAUCUACAAGCGGAAUGGGUGGUAUUACCUCAGUACGGCCGACGGCGGGACCGAAUUGGACCACCAGCAGCAUAUCUCGCGUAGUCGGGUGGGGCCUAUGGGGCCUUGGGAGGCUGGGGACAAGGGGACGGUCAACCCGAUGUUGUAUAAUGGGGACGAUGAGACGAUUCAGCAGACGGGACACAUGGAUAUGGUCGAAGGUACGGAUGGUCGAUGGUGGGCUGUCUUUCUGGCUGUUCGGCCUCAGAACGGCGUCAACUCUCAACUCGGGCGCGAGACCUUCCUUCUCCCCCUGGAAUGGGUCGAUGAUUGGCCGAUCGUCAACCGGCGGCAAAAAGCGAGCAUAGACGGUCCUUCCCACGUCGAUCUGCCUCGCUCGGCAGAGGAAGAGACAUGGACUGCCAACUUUCAGCCUGGUAGGAACCUAGCAAAAGAAGGGUGGUAUCAGCCCCGCACGCCCCUCAAAGCCGAUUUCGACCUCACAUCCCAUCCCGGCUCCCUGACGAUCCACGGCGGUCCCUAUACCCUCGCAGACGACGCGGCGAUAUCCAUGUUGCUGAAGAAGCAGACGUGCUUUGAGGGCCAGUGGGCGCUUACGCUCGAUUUCGAACCGAAGCGCGAGGGAGAGGAGGCGGGGGUGGCGAUCUGGUGGAGCAAGUGGUCUUAUGUGUCUCUGGGGGUCCAGCUGCGUGCUGGAUCUGGGGAAGAGACGGAGGAGAGGGAGUUGGUUUUCCGGCAUUCGGAUCCCAAGACUGAGGAUCCUGUCUUUGUGACGACCCGGAUAGAGUACCCCCAAACCGCCAAGCUAUCCAUCCUAAUCCAGGCCUAUCCAGACCGAUACCUCUUCUCCAUCAUCGACGCAUUAGGUGCCCCCGUCCCCGUCGGCCAAGUCCCGGCGAGUAUACUCGUCAGGGAGCGCGCAUACGAUUCGUACUUUAUCGGCACGUUCUUCGGACUGUACUCUUGCGGUGUGGACGGGAUUGCAACGAGCACACCGGCGGUGUUUUCGGACGUAUCGUGGAAGGGAAUCCGGGCUGGUGGGAAAUAG